AUGCCGAGUUCUAAUACUUUCAGAUGUCUUUCUUCUCCCUUGUUCACAUUUACUGUUGGCGACAAUAAGAAGGAGGUUACCGUGCAUUCUUCCGCUUUGGCAGGACUCUCACAGCCCCUGAAUGCUCUAAUCAACGGCAAAAUGAUCGAGGCAAAAACAAGACACGUUGACUGGUCAGAUAUCGAUGAAGACACGUUUGCUCGGUUAUGUGAAUUUGCAUACUUUCGAAAUUACACACCCCCGACGUUUCGCAUGGUCAAUGGAAAAUCCCCUUCCACCAAGGUCACAGAGACGGCAAAGGAGAAGCGGAAACGCAAAAAGAACCGCGCAAGUUUCAACUGGAACGAUGCGUCGAUGGAGGAGCCUAUACCUGAACCUGAGCCGGAACCCGAACCAGAACCCGAGGAGGCUGAGCCGGAGGCACCUCCUUUCGAAGACGCUUGCGACGAUCAGGAAAUUCCAUAUAAAGAGAGAAGCGUGUGGACGGGUCAACUACGCGAUGCAUUUGAGCGGAAUCUAGUCAUUCCCAAAUACCAAACUACCGACCUAAGCCAUACCUUUGCGGCACCCGAAAAUACCGGGUCCUGGGAAGACUUCACCCCGGUGUUUCUCGAACAAGCUCGACUAUACGUGCUGGCCGAAAAAUAUUGCAUAGACUCAUUGUGCCAGCUUGUACUCUCCAAGUUGCAUCAAACGUUGAAAAGCUUCAAACUCUAUGAUACGGGUUUGAAUGGUAUCAUUGAACUUGUUCGAUUUGUCUAUAUGGACACACCACCGAAUUACGGUGGAAAAAUUGAUGGCAUGAGGAAUCUUGUAACGCGUUACGUUGUUUCUGUUCUUGGUCAAAUUGGCGAGAAUGAAUGUUUCCGAGAAAUUUUAGCCGAAGGCGGCCCUUUCGUGAGUGAUUUUUGGCACAUCAUUUGGGGUAUCGAGGAAAAGUCAAGCGCAUGA